ACAUCCACCACGGGAAUGGGACCCAGCAGGCCUUCUACAGCGACCCCCACGUGCUCUACAUCUCCCUGCACCGCUACGACGACGGCAACUUCUUCCCGGGCAGCGGGGCCCCCGAGGAGGUGGGCAGCGGGCUGGGCGUGGGCUACAACAUCAACAUCGCCUGGACCGGCGGCGUGGACCCCCCGAUCGGGGACGUGGAGUACCUGACAGCCUUCAGGACGGUGGUGAUGCCCAUCGCCAACGAGUUCUCCCCGGACCUGGUGCUGGUCUCCGCUGGCUUCGACGCCGUCGAGGGCCACCUGUCCCCGCUCGGUGGCUACUCCGUCACCGCCAAGUGUUUCGGGCACCUGACGAAGCAGCUGAUGAUGCUGGCGGGGGGCCGGGUGGUGCUGGCGCUGGAGGGGGGACACGACCUGACGGCCAUCUGCGACGCCUCCGAGGCCUGUGUCACCGCCCUGCUCGGCCUCGAGCUGGAGCCCCUGGACCCGGCCCUGCUGCAGCAGAAGCCCAACGUGAACGCGGUGGCCACGCUGGAGAAGGUCAUCGAGAUCCAGAGCCGGCACUGGGGCUCUGUCCGGCGCUUUGCCACCGCCGUGGGCCGCUCCCUGCUGGAGGCGCAGCGUGGGGACACCGAGGAGGCCGAGACGGUGACAGCCAUGGCCCUGCUGUCCGUGGGUGCCGAGCGUGGCGGGGCGGAGCCACAGGCCAGGCCAGCAGAGGAGCCCAUGGAGGCCGAGCCCACGCUCUGACCAACCCAAGGAACACCUGGAAAAGAAGAAAAAAACACAAACACACACACACAAAAAAAAUCACAGUAAAAGGAAAAAAAAAAAAAAAAUCCAAAACACACACAAAAAAAAAAAAACACUAAAAAAAAAAAAAAAGGACAAAAAAAAAAACAAAGGCAGAAAUCGAAAGGAAAACCAGAAAAAAAGAGGAAAAUAUUUUCUUUUUCUAUUAAAAAGAAGAGAAAAAACACAAAAAAAAAAAAAAAAUCCCCCUGCCCAUCCUGUGCCCCCGGCUCCCCGCGGUGUUUGCGGUCGUGUCUCUUGUGCAGCAGCAGUUCCACCAGCACCCCCUGUGUCCCCCUGUGUCCCCCCCAUGUCCCCUGUGUCCCUCGGGUCCCCCCGGCGCUGCCCGGACUCCCCCGGGGCUCCUCCAGAUUUUUUUUUAGGGUUUUUUCCUUAUUUUCCCCCAUUUUUCUGUGUCUCCCCCCCCUCGUUCCCUCCCUGGCUCUGGAUCCAUCCCCCCCUGGGGGAGGCGAUGGGAAAAUUCGUGCCUUUAAGUAAGUAUAUUUUUUUUUAAUGCCUUAAUUUCCCUUCAUUUUGGGUUUUUCUUAAUUUUCUUGGGUUUUUUAUUUUCCCUUCGGCCUCCCCGUUCUGGACAGGGACAGGAGACAAAGGGAUGAGCCCUGUCCCCAACCUGUCACUUUGUCACCCCUUUGUUGGGAUCAAAUUUAUCCUUAGAGGAGAGGGAAAAACAAACAAAAAAAAAAACAAAAAGAGAGAAAAAAAAAAAGAGGAAAAACCACUUUAUUUUCCUGUUUUGUCACCAGCCAGAGGGGCCUCGGAGCAAUUUUAGCUUUAAAAGAGAGAAAGCCACCCAACCCCCCCCAAAAAAAAAGGGAUAUAAUUUUAUUACAGAUGGAUUAUUUAAUAGUAUUUUUUUAAUGGGGGGGUGGAGGGGGGGACUGGGACAGGGACAGCGCGUCGUGGGUUAAAUUAUUCCGGGGGUGGGGGGGGAAUUUGGGGUGGUCCCAAAUUAGGACAGAGGGCUAAGGUUGUCCUUGUCACCUCUCCUGGGGGGUGGGAGGGAUUAGGGUGAGGAAAGGGGAGGGGGAUCGGGCGUGUCCCCAAUUUUGGGGACACCCCGAGUGUGGUGGGGGUUCCCCAUCCCAGGAGAGGGAAACGCCUCUGGAUUUGGGGCAGGGGGAGGAGGAGGAGGAGGAGGAGGAGGGUCUCCGGCCCCCCGGCAGCGUGCCCGGCUUGCUUUGGGCUGGUGUCCCCGCCCCGCCCCGCCGUGUGUCCCCCGUGUCCCCCCCGGUCCCGUCCGUCCCCGCUCACGCUCGCUCUGGGUCUCGGUUCAGUAUUUUGUAAGAUGUCACCGAUGUUCGUCCUUGUAUAAAUAAACUGUUUCUGGCAAUA